GUGGUCAAUCAUCCAUGGGACAGACGCACUCCUCGAACAGCCACGAGGGACCAGGCUCGACCCUAACCCAGCCAGAGGAGAAGAAGGUAGAUUAUUACGAGCUGCUGCAGGUUGAACGAAAUGCAUCUGGCGACGAGAUAAAAAAGGCCUACAGAAGAAGGGCUCUAGAACUGCACCCGGAUAGAAAUUAUGGCAACGUGGAGGCUGCUACCAGGCUGUUCGCCGAAAUUCAAUCUGCGUACGAAGUUCUCUCGGACGCCCAGGAGCGUGCGUGGUAUGACUCGCACCGCGAUGUCUUCCUGGGAAGCGAUGGCAAACCAGAAGGGGCCGAUUAUUCGUACGAUACGCGGAUGACAACCUCCGAUGACGUUCUGAAAUUGUUUUCAAAAUUCAGUCCUCGGAUGGACUUUACAGACGCGCCAACCGGAUUUUACGGUGCCUUGCGUGAGACAUUUGCACGACUUGCCCUAGAGGAGACAAUGGCCUGUCGCUGGGAGAAUAUCACGUGCAUCCAGUAUCCUACAUUUGGGAACUGCGACGCCGACCCUGAAGAGGUCGUACGUCCAUUCUAUGCUGCCUGGGGCAGUUUUUCUACAAAAAAAUCAUUCGCCUGGAAAGAUGUCUACCGUUACUCCGAGGCACCAGAUCGUCGCGUUCGCAGGCUGAUGGAGAAGGAAAACAAGCGUCUUAGGGAAGAUGCUAUUCGGGAAUUCAAUGAAGCUGUCAGGUCGCUUGUAGCUUUUGUGAAGAAGCGCGAUCCCCGGUACAAGUCUAACGCACAGAAUGAAUCACAACGGCAGGAAUUCCUUCGUCAAUCAGCAGCUGCACAAGCAGCCAAAUCACGAGCAGCAAACCAGGCGAAACUUCGUGAUCAUGUGAUGCAAGAUUGGGCGAAGGCAGAAAGUUUGGGUGAGGAAUCUAGCGAUACAAGUGAGGACGAAGUUGAGUACUUUGAGUGCGUUGCGUGCCAUAAAACCUUCAAAAGUCAUAAUCAGUUCGAGGCCCACGAACGCAGCAAAAAACAUAUAAAAGCUGUGAAACAGCUACGCCGGGAGAUGAGAGCACAGAAUGAAGAGCUGGACCUUAAAGGAAAUGUUUCUAACCCCGAAGAGCCCCAGUGGGAUGAUUCUACGCGUAACAACCCACAGGAUGAUCUGGUGCACACUAUGGUGUCACCAGUGCAACAAACACCCGAUAGCGAGACAAGAAAUAGUAUCAGAACAGACAAAUAUACCUCUGAUACUAGUGUUGAAAUUAAACCCGAUGAAGGUUCUUUGACGCACACAGAUUGCCAUGGGGACUCUAUGCCAGAUCUCAGCGAGGCUGAUUAUGUACCUAGGAAGUGUGUUGAACAGCGAUUAGGUUCCCAAACCACGUUAUCCCAACAAACAGGAGAGAUGGAAUCACUAGACAGCCUGUCCCAACAGUUCUCAACGACUGAAAUAGAGGACUCGCAAACAAUUACACCAAAGGUGGGAAAGGCUAAACAAAAAUGUGCGAAAAAAGCCCAGCGUCAAUGA